CCAAGCAAGCGGCCGCCACUAGUCGCUAGGGAGAGAAAACAACCACACUUAAUUACCACGCGCUUUCUCUCUCCUCCGCCCCAUCGAUCGAUCCCUCUCCCAUCCCAGCCAGCCUCGCCUCGUCUUCCUCCGACGCGCGGCGGGGAUCGAUCCGAGGGUCAAUGCGAUGCGAGCGCCGGGGGCAGAUGAAUCGCUUCCCGUCCCCUCCCGAUCGGCCGCGUCGUCCUAGCUAGCUAGCUGCCGAGUCAAAUUCACCCACAGCGAGAGGAGAGAGAAGGGACUCAGGGAGGAGAGAGAGACUAGAGAGAGAGAGAGAGGGACAGACAGAUAGGAGGAGUGGUAGAUAUAGAUAGGCUCAUCGCGGAUAGAUCCCCCGCCUCCUCUUCACUCUCCCCCAGCAAGCAACCAAGCCAGCAGCAGCCUCCACCCCGCCUCCGCCGCGCCUGGACCGCGUCGCAUCGCAUCAAAGCCGCCGCAACAGGGACAGCCGCUCGAAAGGGAAGGCAUCCUCCAGCACGAGGAGGAGGCCGCCGGCCAAGUGGGGCGUAGCGUCGCUGCUAGCUAUGGAGUUCGCGAGCUCGUCGAGUAGGUUUUCCAAAGAGGAGGACGAGGAGGAAGAGCAGGAGGAGGACGCGGAGGCGUCCCCGCGCGAGAUCCCCUUCAUGACAGCGGCAGCGACGGCCACCACGGGAGGGGCCGCCGCCUCGUCGUCGUCCUCGCCUCCCGCGGCGGCGUCCGCGUCCGCGUCCGCGUCGGGCCCGGCUGCCCUCCGCUCCAGCGACGGCGCCGGGGCGUCCGGUAGCGGCGGCGGCGGUAGCGACGACGUGGAGGUGAUCGAGAAGGAGCACAUGUUCGACAAGGUGGUGACACCCAGCGACGUGGGGAAGCUCAACCGGCUGGUGAUCCCGAAGCAGCACGCGGAGAAGUACUUCCCGCUGGACGCGGCGGCCAACGAGAAGGGCCUCCUGCUCAGCUUCGAGGACCGCGCCGGCAAGCUCUGGCGCUUCCGCUACUCCUACUGGAACAGCAGCCAGAGCUACGUCAUGACCAAGGGCUGGAGCCGCUUCGUCAAGGAGAAGCGCCUCGACGCCGGGGACACCGUCUCCUUCUGCCGCGGCGCCGGGGAGGCCGCGCGGGACCGCCUCUUCAUCGACUGGAAGCGCCGCGCCGACUCCCGCGACCCGCACCGCAUGCCGCGCCUCCCGCUCCCCAUGGCGCCCGUCGCCUCGCCGUACGGCCCCUGGGGCGGCGGCGCGGGCGGCUUCUUCAUGCCGCCCGCGCCGCCCGCCACACUCUACGAGCACCAUCGCUUCCGCCAGGGCCUCGACUUCCGCAACAUCAACGCCGCCGCGCCAGCCAGGCAGCUCCUCUUCUUCGGCUCCGCCGGCAUGCCCCCGCGCGCGUCCAUGCCCAUGCCCAUGCCGCCGCCCCCGCCUCCGCACAACAUUAUGAUGGUGCAACAACCCAGCAGCCCCGUGGUUACGACGGCCGGUCUGCCCAUGGUUCUCGACUCGGUGCCGCUCGUCAACAGCCCGACGGCGGCUGCGAAGCGCGUGCGCCUGUUCGGAGUCAACCUCGACGACAACCCGCAACCGAGCGGCGGCGGCGAAUCAAGCCAAGACACCAACGCAUUGUCGCUGAGGAUGCCGGGAUGGCAAAGGCCGGGGCCAUGGCGGUUCCUCGAAUCGCCUCAGCACGGCGCCGGCGCCGGUGCAACUGGUGGGGCCGAGUCCUCCGCAGCCUCGUCGCCGUCGUCAUCGUCGUCCUCCAAGAGAGAAGCGCACUCGUCAUUGGAUCUCGAUCUGUGAGCUAUCUAGAUCGAUCGAUCAGGCGACCUCGCGGUCGAUUCGGAGCGUACAAAAGGAAAGUUGAACAAUUCUUCCUUCCGUCUGCUACCUUCUUCUUCAUCAUCUUCUUCACCUUUUGAGAUUCCAUUAUAACUUUCGAUGAUAGAACUUAGCUUCUUAUUAACAUUUUGUUUUCCAAUUUUUUGUUUCGGCCAUUCAAAUUCUUGUGUUGGCUUGACAAUAUAUAGAGAGAAGUUAGGCGAAUUAAUCAAUUAUUAAUGCUUUCAUAUGGUUACAAAUCUGACUCAGUUUUUGCUUCACCACUAUUGGUCUUGCUCUCGCUAUUCGAUUCCAUUACUAUACGGGAACUUACUCAUUAUGCGGUUUGGUUGGACAAUUCCGAUUGUCCCUACAUAUGAUAACACACCUUCAAAUCUGCACUCCCCACAGCAUCAGUACCAAGAUCUGAAUCGUAACACCACAGGUGCAGUGCAAUAUGCAUUGUGCCUUUCUUGCAUCAUAUGUAUGAUCUCUUCUCGUCCUAGAUUGGAGUUGCAACCACACAGCUCUCAGAAAAGCAUGGCGGGGCAUCGACAUUGACAGUGGACUAGCUGCAGUCAACAAUGCCAGGAGGUGGUAAAGCCAUGGAGCUAGCAACCCCCAUUGCAGUGGCGGAGCUAGCAUUGAAUCCAAGGGGGGGGGGGGGGGGGCUAGUGCUACAGUGGCCGAGCACGGAAGCCAUGGAGCUGAAGAACCGCCUCCUGAACAAGGACAGCGGCUACCUGAGCAGCCUCUGGAAGGAGCUCUCGAAGAAGAAGAAGAAAGGCAAGCUGUUGAGGGAUGUGCGCCAGAAGCUUCUCCACUGGUGGCAGCUCCACUACAGGUGGCCCUACCCCUCGAUACGUAAUUGAAUUAUUCACACGUCGGUUGAUCUCGAUCAUGCCGGCCGGCCCAACGAGAUCAUGUCCGCCGUUGCAGCAGCAGCUUGGAGUAUCACGGCCUCAUUGUUUUUCCUGGGCCAAGGGGGGGGGGGCAUGGCCCAGUUUGGCCUCCACAGCCCUCCGCCACUGUUUCUAAAUAUAUAGCCAUGAUACCUGUCUUUUACAUCAGAAAAGUAUCGAAUGGACAUGCAUGCUCUCUCGAGCUGCAACUGCUCA